CUACGCGCCUCUCUCAGUUUGUGCUAAUUCCCUCUUCACUCUCAGCAACAACUGAAAACCACCCCUCUUUUCCUCUCCCUCCAAGGACAAAACAACCAAACAAGAAGAUCAGUUUGUCACAAAAACAUGGGGAGUUUGGCGGGACAUGUUGCACCAGGCAUUGGCUUCUUUGUCAUCGGUUUAUGGCACCUCUUUAACCAUAUCAAGCUCCAUGCUCAGCACCCAACUUCUUAUAUCUCUCCUCCAUGGUUUCCCACCUCCAAAUUCAAGUACUUGGAGCUCUUCUUCAUCAUGGCAGGCAGCUGCGCCUCCAUAGCCGUCGAGCUCUUCAUCGGCCCGGACCGCCACCAACCGCUCGACCCGGACGGAACCAUCCCCUUCCACCAUCUCCGUAACUUCGAGCACUCCUCCAUCUCAAUGACUUUACUCGUCUACGCCGCGUUCGCUAUACUUCUCGAUCGACAUCAUCGAAUCGUCACAAAAGCUCAAUAUGGGCUAACCCUACUGCUUGGCGCCAUAUCCUUUGCACAAGAGCUUCUUCUUUUUCACCUUCACUCAACCGACCAAAUGGGCCCGGAAGGCCAAUACCACUUGCUUCUACAAUUUGUUGUUGCUGUUUCUUUGGCCACCACUCUUAUGGGAAUUGGUUUUCCUCGGAGUUUCUUGAUCAGCUUUGUAAGGUCAGCCAGCAUAUUAUUCCAAGGUGUUUGGUUUAUUGUCACGGGGAUAAUGCUUUGGACGCCAGAAUUGAUUCCUAAAGGUUGCUUCAUGCACGUCGAAGAUGGUCGGAAAAUGGUCAGGUGCUCCGGGGAAGAAUCUCUUCAUCGCGCUAUAUCGUUGAUAAACAUUCAAUUUAGCUGGUUCUUGAUUUCAAUCACCAUUUUUGUAGUGUGCUUCUAUUUGGUUUUGGUUAAAGCUGAGGGCGAAAAGGUGCAGUAUGUUUCAGUGCUGACAAAGGAAGAGGAGCAAGAAAAAGAUUCUGAUGAUCUUGAAUCCCAAAAGAAAACCAAACUUGGAAAUUCAAUCAGCUUUAUUGAAUUGGGAAAAGCCUUUUAAUCCAUCUAUAUAUACACGGAAAGGGAGAAGAUCAUGAACAAGAAAAAAAAAUGUGAUUAGGAAUUGUGUACAAAAGUAUAAGAUUCGUGCAUGGGAUCGAUCCCACUUUGAUUUGCAAUGAUGUGAUCACUUAAAUAUUCAAGAUAUCCUCUUAUAUGGAUCGCCAUUAAUUAUAAUUAGAAUG